AUGUCGGAGAACGUGCAAAAAGCGUGGGUUUCUCGUCCAGUUGGUGGUAUUCCAAUUUCAGACGACUUGGGCCCAUCCAUUGUAUUCGCAGUGCUCUACACGCUCUUGCUGCCCAAUAUAAUCUACAACUUUUUCAUUCGCAAACCACGCGCAUGGAACAUCAUCCAGAUUUCAACGGUCAUUUUUGCGGUUGAACGUAUAGCAUGGUGCAUUAUACGUGCCGUUCAAGCUGCACAUCCCGAAAGACGUUCUUCCGGAGGAUUGAUGAAUUAUGUGCAAGUCACUGUUGCACUCGGAUUCGUCGGGAUAUCAAGCGAGGCCGUCAAACUCCUUCGCUGUACACUUGUGCAUACCACUCUCCCCGAAAACGGUGCAUCCAAAGACCGGAGAGCUGCAAGACAGUUCUAUCGAUACUUUUGUGUCUUUUUCGAGCUUGCUUUCCUGGGAGCAACUAUUCCUGGCAUAAUCGCGGGUGUUGCACUUGCCCUACAGGCAAGUACAGUCCUCAUUUCGCUUCUGGCAGCGUUCAAAGUUAAAGAGAUCAACCGUAUGCGCUGCUUCGAGCUCGCAUCCCUUACACUCCUCAUCAUGUCUGUACCUAUGUAUCGUCUCUGUGUCCUUGGCAUCCGCACGAUCGACGUUUUUACCCCAAUUCCGAGCUACGAUCGUGCACUUUUCUACAUCUUCCACCUCGCACCUGAAUGGAUUUGUGUUAGUAUCUUGCUCGGCACCAACGUUCGUGCAAGGUUUGAAACAGGCAGGUGGGCGACUAUGAAACUUGCGGAGCGUGAGCGGGACGAGAGACUAAAGAAAGCUGAGGAGGAGGCCAAGCGGCUGCAAAAAAGCCCACCUACAGGGGGAGAAACCGUUUAA